GCUAAAGUGAUCAUUAGUUUAGAAAGUGGCCCCCAAACCUCUUUCAUUAGCCCUAUUCAAAAAUGGCAGCGAUAUGUUUCCCGGGCCACAGGUCGGUUGUAACCCGGAAGUGACUUUCUAAGGCGGGGUCAGGAAUAAUCCGGAAGUGAGUGUAACGAAGAGGUGCCACUUGGCGGCCAUGGCAGCUGUAGUAUUGGCGACUCCGGGUCGAGGCCCGGCGAAGUGGAAUACCAUGGGCAGUAGCGGGUAUAGGGCAGAGACAGCUUUAUGUCAGUUUAGCUGGUGAAUCCCUACGGCCCAUCGUUAGAGACCUGCAAGACUCCUUUCCCCAGUCUAGUGUCGGAGGGGAGUGUACUGGGACCUGCGGGCUGGUCCCAGAACUGGGGAGCGGAUCAGCUAGCUGCAGGGCCGUCCGAGAAAAACAGGCGCCGAGACUACGCCAAGAGGUUCACUUGGGUUUUUCUUUUUUUCCUGCUACUAUCCGAGACGUUGUGUAUGUAGCGGAGGAGUGGGCCGUUGUACCACCCUCAUUCCGAAGAUUGAAGAAAUUGCUCAUUCGCACAAUUUCCCCAUCUCUGUUAACCCACGAGAAUCCAGUGACUGACAUUUAAGAACCCAGGGGCUGGGAUCUAAGAGUGCUCAAAGUUUUCUCUGGUGCUAGUGUCAGCAAAAAGGGAUCGUUUCCACGUAACAUUCAAGAGAAAAGUGCCUCGAGAACACAUCUGGUGAAGAGGCCUAAAGAACUGAAAAGUCCAUUUGUUCUCUUGGAACCACUGCAUGUUUAGAGCAUAAACACCUUUUGAAGCGGCUGGAAUUUUGAAGUCUGGUGUUGGAGGGUGGAUAAAGGAGGGCAGAAUGGAUGAUUUCAUCUCCAUUAGUCUACUCUCGCUGGCUAUGUUAGUGGGAUGUUACGUGGCUGGAAUCAUUCCCUUGGCUGUUAAUUUCUCGGAGGAGCGACUGAAGCUGGUGACUGUUUUGGGUGCUGGCCUGCUCUGUGGAACUGCCCUGGCGGUCAUCGUGCCUGAAGGAGUACAUGCACUUUAUGAAGAUAUUCUGGAGGGAAAACACCACCAAGCCAGUGAAACACAGAAUGUGAUUGCAUCAGACAAAGCAGCAGAAGUAUCGAUUGUCCACGAACGUGAGCACGGCCAUGACCACACACAGCUGCAUGCCUACAUCGGUGUGUCCCUUGUGCUCGGCUUUGUUUUCAUGUUACUGGUGGACCAGAUUGGCAGCUCCCACGUGCAUUCUACUGACGAUCCAGAAACAGCAAGGCCUAGCAGUUCCAAAAUCACCACCACACUGGGUCUGGUGGUCCAUGCUGCAGCUGAUGGUGUUGCUUUGGGAGCAGCAGCUUCUACAUCACAGACUAGUGUCCAGUUAAUUGUGUUUGUGGCAAUAAUGCUCCAUAAGGCCCCGGCAGCUUUUGGGCUGGUUUCCUUCUUGAUGCAUGCUGGCCUGGAGCGGAAUCGAAUCAGAAAGCACUUGCUGGUCUUCGCACUAGCAGCACCAGUUAUGUCCAUGGUGACGUACUUAGGACUCAGUAAGAGCAGUAAAGAAGCCCUUUCAGAAGUCAACGCCACUGGAAUGGCCAUGCUUUUCUCUGCUGGGACAUUUCUUUAUGUUGCCACAGUACAUGUCCUCCCUGAGGUGGGCGGAAUGGGGCACAGCCACAAGCCCGACGGCACUGGAGCGAGAGGCUUCAGCCGCCUGGAGGUGGCAGCCUUGGUCCUGGGUUGCCUCAUCCCACUCAUCCUGUCAGUAGGACACCAGCAUUAAAUGUUCAGGUCCCAGCCUCAGCCCAUGGCCGUUUGCCACCCAGUGAGAACAGCCGGCACCUGCCAGCCGCUCACCUCCUCAGUCUCUGUCUGGCCUUCCCCAUCUCCACCUGUGUUGCUAGAGUUGGGAGGGAGGUGAGAGUCGAUCCUGGAGUGAUGGAUAAGUAAGUGUGCAGUGGAGGAGCAGCAUUGUGAUUAGGUAGAGGCUUGUAUUGUCUUUUAAAGGGUCCUUGGCGUAUUGAGUUUUGAUAUUUCUCUUAACCCUAUUCUCAGGGAAGAUGGAACUUAGUUUUAAGGAAAAGUAGAGAGCUUCAUACAAUAAAAUAGUCAUUAUGAAAACAGUGUCCUGUAAGUAGACUAAAUUUCUUUCUUCUUAGAGGCUCUGCCACUUCACCCCUUGAUUUUUAACAUGGUUCUCACUGUGUAAGACUAGUAUUUUAGCAUCUGUGUCACAUACUUUAAUAAAAGAUCACAGCACCCACUCUCAGAUGCUGAAGGUGAUUGCUGUUAAUUUGCAAUUACAGCACAGGAAAGAAGGGCUGGACACAUUGAAAACGGACUAGUGCUCAAAGGAGAUAUCUAUUGAAAGAGGACGUCUAGAGACUUAAAUGCUUCCUUUGCACGUGCCUCUCUAAAUGCAGCCUGCAGUCCCAUCCUGGGGAGCGGGAGCAGCAGCGGGACCAGCUUCAGAAGAGGUGACUGCUCUUUUGGAGUAUUCUCUUCUAGUUUCCUUUGCGAACUAACUGCCUCUAGCACAUUCUUACAGAGGAACAAAGUUCUAGCAGAUUUGGGCUGAGGCUUUCCUCCAGAACAGUCUGAUCACAAAGUAUCUUUGGAAAUGAGGGAGGCUAAAUUUUAAGUGAAUUUGGAUAGUUACUGACAUCUCUGUAGUCACCCUUUUUUUUUCCACCUCAGUACCGGGGAUCAAACUCAGGACCUUGUACUUGCUAGGCAGGUGCAGCACCACUGAGCUAAAUCCCCGGCCCUGUAGUCACCUUUUAAAGAAGACUACCAAAGUCCUUUCUUUUUAUUUUUUUAGUAUUUCUUUUAUCAGGUCAGCAGUCCCUCUGGCUAAGCACUUGUCUGGCACGGGAGCAUUGUGCCUGCUCACAUAAACACCUGUAGCAUGAAGAAAGUCUAGCUGUGUCAUAAAUGAGAAGUGUCUGCCCAGUAGCCUAAAACUUCUCAAAAUCAUGUCCUUUAUAUAUUUAUCUUUCCCACGGUUUUCUCCUAACUUUUCCCUUUGGUCCCUCCUACAAUUUGCUGCUCACUUCUGGUGGCAAUGUUCAUACUUGUGUAAGAUGAAUACUUCUGAGAACAACCACUUCUUGAACUGUGAUGAUGAAGAUAAUAUUGUCUCUGUUCUUCACUGCCUUCAAAGAAUUUACUUUUGUGUCAAAUGCAGCUUUGUUAAGUCCUCAAAAUAUCACCUCCUCAUGUUUGAAUUGACAUAAUCAUUAAUAUUCUGAUAAUUUAAACAAUUGAGACAGCGAAAGUGUUUAACAAACUAAGGUAAUUUUUCCAUGUUUGCCAAAAUCCAUAUAAAUCCUGUUUUGUCAAAUAAGUGUAUAAUACUGUAUCCUUAAUUUAUUUUGAUUUUCUAUACCAUUUCAAAGCACAUUUUUUACAUUAAGAAAGAACCACAACUGAUUUCUUCAAGGGAGUGGAUUUAGUUGUUUGUAAAAUCGUGUUAUAUGACGCAUAAACCAGCAUGCCUGUAAUUUCUUUUUUUCCUAGAUUUGUCACUGUGCCAGCAGCUGUGGAAUUAAACUUGCGUGCCCUCUGCUGGCUGCAGUGAAGAAAGUAGCAUCAGUAGGACACAGUUUUUAUAGUAGCUGGCAACCAUUGCAUGUAAUGUUAAAAUAGAGGGAAGGCCCAGUAGAGAAAGUCUGAGGGACUGUCCUGAACAGAAGGUAACACCUGACUCGUAGGAAGCUGCCAGUAUCACCUUGUCCUUCGAAGUAUGGUUGCCUAGAUUCUCUCCAGAAACUUACUUUGUCAAAGGAAGAUUUUUUUGUGUCUGGUUUGGUUUCGAUAGAAGUAAUUUCUAUCAUGUUGUGUGCAGUGAUCAGAAAUUUAUUCUGUUGGCCAAAGCCUCUUUCAGCAGUGCCUUGCCAUCUCACUUAUAAGUUUGGCUGGAAUAUCUUGCUGGAUAGGCCCUUGAAUUCUGGCAAGGAUUGAACCCUCGAGCUUCCAAAUUUGCCUGCCCUUCUGGACCUCAGUAUUCACCAACUCUCAGACGCCAUGGACUUUCCCAGUCUUAAAGCUGCGGCCUCAGGAACUGCUUGUUCUACCCUGGUCAACAGGCAGAUAUAGCCAUACAAAUCUCAUAGGGCUCAUAUGCGUCUUCAGGCAGCAGGGAACUGUGCAACAUGGCAGGGGCCUCUGCUGAGAAAGAGCUCACUCACGUGCUGGGCAUGGUCUCUGGAGAGGCCAUCACAAUGCUCACUGUAGCACCCCCCAGUUCCGUUUUUCUCCUGUUGAAAACUGCCUCCUUAGAUGCGGAUGCCUUAAUGCUCUAACACGUUUGGAAACAUUGAUGAUACUUAGGUUGCUGCCAUGACUGCUGGAAUUACUGGCUACCAAAGAGAUGCAGUUGAUGAUGAAAAGCAUGGCCCAUCCUUCUUCACAACCAAAGUCAAUGUUCAUUGCAAUUUGAGUCCUUUUCCUUGGUAGGGAUAGACUUUCUUCAGAUUCAGAGUGAUCUCUGAAAUGGCAAAUGAAGUUGAAAAA